AAAUCCGAGACGGGAGAGGGAAACCGUAAGGAAGACUGGACUGGUAGAGUAGUUAUUAAAAAGAGAGAAAGAAAGAGAGAGAGAGAGAGAGAGAGAGAGAGAGAGAGAGAGAGAGAAAAAGAAAGAAAGAAAAGAAAGGAGCAGAAGAGAAUACAGGGGAAGAAGAGAACUGUUUUUAGGUGGGAGUUGGACCCCAUCUUCUCUUGCAUUCCACGGUUGCAUUAGUUUGUCUCUGUCUUUCUGUCUGUUUCUCUCUCUCUCUCUCUCUCACUAUCUUUUGUUCUUAUUUGGUAGUCAAAGAGGUGGGAGAUCAAGGAGAGUUGCAGACUGAGGAGAGGAUAUCUCAGUGCUAAUUUUGUUUCAAGGAUCGAUUGUUUUUGUUUUGAUCUUAGUUUAUUCAGUGGUUGAGUGAGACAGAUGGGAAGCUGCAUUUCGAGACAGGGAGGGUAUAUGGGUAGGCGAUCCAGUUCUUCGAAGAGGUCUCGUAAGCGGAGAAGAAUAAUCAAGGGAGUUUCUUCUCGGAAGUCAAGGGAAUUGGUCGACAAGGUGACCAACCAACCCGAUCGUUCUUACAGUAAUCCGGCUUUCCGAGUGGUGUCAGCUGGCAGUACUGAGGAGACAUGGUUUGAUUCUUUCAUGAUACUUGAGUCUGACUGUGAUGAGGAUUUCCAUAGUGUUCAGGAUGAUGCUUUGUCUCUAAAUGGCUCUGAGUGUGCAUCAGCAUCAAGUAUUUCAUCAUUAAGAGAUGCUAAUCAUGAAGACUGUAAUGGGAAUUUUCCUUGUAUUCCUCCACGAAAUUCUCUUAGUGAGGCCACUAAAAAUGAAAAUUCUCGAACAUUGCAUUCAAAUAGUGCUGAUUCUCAAUUGAAAUCUGAUGGCCCCAUAAAUGAAGGAAAGCGUCCUGUGUCUAUUGAUGAAGUUUCUAGCAUCUCUGUGGAUGAAAUCACUGGGAGGGGGGAAGGAGGAAUAUUAGACCAUUGUGGAAUUCUUCCAAAUACAUGCUUGCCUUGUCUUGCUUCUACUGUCUCAGAUGAAAAGAGAAGAUCUCUAAGUCCUGGACCACCAAGUACAAGGAGAAAGGCUUCUUUGAAACUUUCCUUCAAAUGGAGGGAAGGACAUGGAAAUCCUACAUUAUUAUCUUCAAAGAUGCUUCUGCAAAGACCAAGAGCUGGUUCCCAAGUUCCAUUUUGCCCAAUAGAUAAGAAAAUGUCUGAUUGCUGGUCAAAUGUUGACCCUAGUACUUUCAAAGUGCGGGGAGAGAACUAUUUUAGGGAUAAGAAGAAAGAGUUUGCUCCAAAUCAUGCUGCAUAUUAUCCAUUUGGGGUUGAUGUCUUCUUAUCUCCACGAAAAAUUGAUCACAUUGCUCGGUUUGUGGACCUACCUUCUACAACUGCAUCUGGAAAAUUGCCUCCUAUUCUUGUUGUAAAUAUUCAGGUUCCGUUGUAUCCUGCCACUCUCUUUCAAAAUGAAACUGAUGGAGAAGGGAUGAGCUUUGUUUUGUACUUUAGGCUUUCAGAGAAUUAUUCUAGAGAACUUACACCUCAUUUUCAAGAAAAUAUCAGAAGGUUAAUCGAUGAUGAAGUGGAAAAGAUAAAAGGUUUUCCUGUGGAUACAAUUGUACCUUUCAGGGAAAGGUUAAAGAUCUUGGGUCGCAUGGUAAAUGUAGAGGAUCUGCAUCUAGGUGCAACUGAGAGAAAGCUUAUGCAUGCUUACAACGAAAAACCUGUUCUUUCUCGUCCUCAACAUGAAUUUUACUCGGGAGAAAAUUAUUUUGAGAUUGAUUUGGAUAUGCACAGAUUCAGUUACAUCUCUAGGAAAGGCUUUGAACAAUUCCAAGACAGACUGAAGCUCUGCAUCUUGGAUUUUGGCCUAACAAUUCAAGGAAACAAAGCAGAAGACUUGCCAGAGCAGAUCUUAUGUUGUGUACGGUUGAACGAGAUUAACUACACAAGUUACAACCAACUGGGGUUGGGUCAAGAGCCCCGUUGAGCAGAAUAACUACUAAAAGCUUCUUUAAUACAGACCGUUCAAGCUGGUUUUUACAGCCUCUUAAGUAUACCAAUUGCAGUUUUAUGAUAUGCUGAAUCUUCUUCAAUUUCAACUUACACUUGGGUGGUUGCCGAGCUGUCACUAAACUGGCAGUUCAGUUUUCACUGCUGGGAAUUUUGGAAGGAGAAUGGAUUAUGGUAACUAUUGGGGCCGAUGGGAUUGCGACCUUUGUUUAUCCAUAGAGAAGCUUAUGAUGCAUGAAUUCCAUGUACAGGUUCCAGAAGGGUGAUCUUUACUUGUCAUUUUCUAUUUUAUACACCAUGAUAAAAAAAAAAUGCGGCGAUUAAUGUGAUGAGUUGCCCUUUUAACUUCUUUUCUAUGUUUUCAUACCAGUCUGAAUUCACUGGAUGAGGCCCCAUUUUAGUGGAUAAAUCCAGUUAUUAAGGAAUGAAUUUACAAUAUAGUUCUCAUA